AUGUUUUGGAAUUCACGGUUCGAAGCUCUCGUACCGCUUACCAAUGAUGUCAUGCUAAAAGCACUUUAUUGGCACACAAAGAAAAAAAGAAUGCUUCAUCAAAUAAAGCAAAGAUUUGUUUGUGGCCAAGAACUUUGCAAAACAUAUCAAGACGAUUAUCUAUCCAAAGAGUUUUUUUUCCUUCACACUGAGAGUAAAGCUAAAAGCGUCUGCUUUGUUUUGUGGAUACAAAGUUAUGCGAGUAAAAAUGGAUCGCUAUUCUUAGAUUUCAUAAAAAUUAAAAUCAAGCCUGCAUUCCACAUGAAUAAAAAAGUAGGAAUAAUCUGUAAAAGGUCAUGUCGUAAGUUCGUGUUGGUGUUGCGCAUCGCCUCACCAAGCAGAAACUGA